CGAAAACUUUGAGCUGGAAAAACGGUUUCUUUUUUUACAUUAUAAUUAGUUCAUUGGGGCAAUAACAACUCUGGCAACGCGGAAUAUAAUUUUUGAUCAUGGUGUGAAACCAGUGGAAUCUACAGCAUUAUAACAUUCAUUGGAGGGGCCUGAGGGGUGACGGCAUGGCAGAGGGUGAUGAAUGCUCAGGUGGGGAAUGGAAGGAGAAGUAUAUGGCCCUCGAGACCCUGCUCGUCAAAUUCAGGGGACAGAUGAGUGUGAUCCGGGAGCUCACGGCAGAAAAGAUGCAGCAGUUGGAGACGCAGGUGUUGGAAGCAGAGCGUCGAGCAUAUGAAGCUAACCAGCAGGUGCAAUGGAUGGAAGAACGUCUAAAGGCAUCAGAUAUCCCAUCAGCAGAUUCAGAGUUGAGGCUGUUCAGACGCUGUCAAAAUCAUCAAGCGGCACUGCAGGAGAAAGAUGAACUCAUCGCUACCCUAGAGCAACAACUGGAGGAGCAGAAACACAACCGGAUCCAAGAUGCCAAGACCGUAGAGGAAAAAGCAGCCAAGAUCAAAGAAUGGGUUAUGCGAAAGCUAAAUGAGUUUGAUUUGGAGAAUGCUUCUCUGAGAGAGAUCAACCAGCAACAGGAGUCUGAGAUAAAAGACCUGAAAAAACAACUGCAAGCCAUGGAGCAGACUGCGUGUUCUGGUGGCUCAGUCCAGGCCAGUGUGGGUGAGGCCCAGCGGCUCAGCAGCCUGACCUUUGGUUGUUUCCAAAUCAGGGGGAAAAGCCCUCAGAUACUGACAGGCCUAGGGCCAUCCCAGAAGAGCAUCAGCACCCUGCUGGAUCAGGACUGUAGAAGACCUUCUACUGAUUGUGGAAUGAAACAAGACCCAGAAAUUGAGCGUGUUGGCCAUUGCUCUAAGGUGGUGUUGGAGGAUGAGGGUGAGAGUGACACUACGGGCGGCAUACUCUCUCGCGGGGUCUCCUCUGUGCUCUCCAGCGCUGCCUCUGAAGGGGACAGUGUUCUGUUUGGAGGUUUGCAUUUUAGCCGACCCACUAGUGAGACGUACCUCACCGCCUCUGAUGACAGUAGCUCGCUGUUCGAUGACGACAUGCAGUAUGCGGAAUACUCCAAACUUUUCCUGCCCGGUCCCAAGAGCUCUACGAAGAAAGAUGGUGAGAAAGAUGACAUUGAAGAUGGCUGCUCCAAUGAUCUCAAUAAACGCUUCCAGUCCCAAUGUCUUGAUUCCUCGUCGUCUUCCAGUGAGACAAACACGACCCUCAGUCCCAUCAUAACACCAGCACUCACACCAAAGCGGCCCACCCCUUCUCAGGACUCUCAGGACACCCCAGCCUCGCCCAAACAGCCGCGUCUACGCAAUCCUAGCACGUUUAACGUUAGUUUGGCAUUGGUCAAGAAGCAUCUAAGCCAGCCUCCGCUGUACAGCGAAGCCGCUCAUGGGAGAACACGGAACGCCAUCAGCAUGCUGCGUCCUCUUUGGCCUCAGGAAACAGACUUGGACCAGGAACAGAAGAUGGAGACAGGUGAACGAGAGCAUCCUGAUGUGCCUUUAGAACCACCAACUGAAGUGCCACCUGAAGAACCUGAUACACUCGACAUCAUUUCAGCCAUGCCUGGGAGUAAACCCCCAACUCCUCCCCUGCACAGGCUGCCCUCUUGGGAGAGCAGAAUCUAUGCUGUGGCAAAAUCUGGAAUUCGUCUGUCAGAGAUGUCAUGCACAGAUGUAGCUAAUAAAGACUCCUCCUACCCAUCAUCAUACUCCGCCCAUAUUCUCUACACAUCCCUCAUCUACAGGAACACCAGUACGCCUGUCUUCGCCACACUCAAAGGGAGGGCCACGUUGUUAAGCAAUAGUCAGUUCUCUGAAGAGUCGUCUAGUUCUGAGGAGGAGGACAGUUCAGAGGAGUGUCAGUCUGGAGAGGAAGACAGCUCUGUGUGCAGCUCUUAUACAAAUGCAUCAGACUCACACAAGAUCAGCAGCCACGGAAGCCCCCGCUCCCUCAACAGAGCUGUGUCGUUGUCUUCUAUGACAUCUGAGAGUGACUACGCCAUCCCACCUGAUGCUUACUCCAUUGAUACUGAGUGCUCUGAACCUGAGAAUAAACUAGCCAAGACCUGCUCCUCCAGCACUGACAACGGCAAGAGUGAGUCAAUGGAGAAGUCUGGGUACCUGCUGAAGAUGGUCAAGACUUGGAAGAAAGCAUGGAAGAGGCGCUGGUUCGUUUUGAAAGACGGGGAGCUUUUGUACUACAAGUCACCUAGUGAUGUCAUCCGUAAACCCCAAGGUCAGAUUGAGCUCAAUGCUUGUAGCAGCAUAGCUCGUGGUGAUGGGAAACAAAUGCUUCAGGUGGUGACAGGUAAGAGUGUGAAUAAUCUUAAAGCAGAUUCUCCAAACCUCCUGGAGGAGUGGCUGAGGGUUCUGCAAAGCGUACUGAGAAUCAAAGCUGCUAGUCCGCUCUUUACCAACCCUGACUUAAGGCCCAUCAUGAAAGGACACAUGACAAAGGUGAACCAUGGCUAUUCUAAACAUGUGUGGUGUGCGCUGUUUGGGAAGACGCUAUAUUACUUCAGAAGUCAAGAGGAUAAGUUUCCUCUGGGUCAAAUCAAAUUAUGGGAGGCUUGUGUGGAGGAAGUUGAUAAGUCAAGUGACUCCGCUGAAGUCUCUGCUCAGUACACUCUCUCCAUUCAGCCAGUGAGUCAAGGCCCAACAUACCUGCUUAUCGAUUCACCUCAUGAGAAGAUGGCAUGGCUGUAUCAUCUGUGUGUGGCAGCAGGCACUGCAGUGGGGCAGGUGGGCACUGAGUUUGAGCAGCUGGUUGGUAAACUGCUCAAUGUGGAGGGAGAUCCAGGGUCUCAGAUCUGGAGACACUCAACACUGUGCUACACUAAGGAAGGACUGUCUUCUCCACUCAGCACCCUGCCCUCUCAGGCUCUACAGACUGAAGCCAUAAAGCUCUUUAAGACAUGUCAGCUCUUCAUUAAUGUGGCCAUUGACACUCCAGCCAUAGAUUAUCAUGUGACUCUGGCUCAAUGUGCCCUACAAGUGUGUCUCACCCAUCCAGAGCUGCAGAAUGAAAUUUACUGUCAGCUUGUAAAGCAGACAUGCAAGAGACAACCACACGGACAGCCUGGGCCCCUACAGGGAUGGCAGUUCAUGGCUCUGUGUGUCGGCCUCUUCCUGCCCACACACCCUAUUCUUUGGCUUUUGCAGGUGCAUCUGAAAAGGCAUGCAGAUUCAAGGACGGAAGUGGGAAAGUAUGCCAUCUAUUGUCAGCGUUCAUUGGAGCGGACGCAGCAGAAAGGGGAUCGGCAAGCUCGUUCGUCACGAAUGGAGAUUCUGUCCAUCUUAUUGAGGAACCCAUAUCAUCACUCUUUGCCAUUCAGCGUGCCGGUGCACUUCCUUAACAACACAUACCAGGUUGUUGGUUUUGAUGCUUCAACCACAGUGGAGGAGUUUCAGAGCCGACUAAACCAGGACACUGGCAUGAGGAAAACUGGUCAGUCUGGUUUCAGCCUUUAUUCUGAUGACCCCACGGGCACAGACCUUGAACACUGUCUGCAGGCAAACCUGAAGAUUUGUGACAUUAUUGCGAAAUGGGAGCAGGCCUCGAAGGAGCAACACACAGGCAAAUCAGAGAACGCCAAGACUGUCAAACUUGCAUAUAAGAACAGGUUAUAUUUCUCCCAGCAGAUGAGAGGAGAGACUGAGAGAGAGCGAUUGCUCUUGGCAUAUCAGACAAAUGAGGAAAUCACAGCAGGUCACUUCCCUGUCAACAAAGAGCUUGCUCUGGAGAUGGCCGCCCUGCUGGCUCAGGUGGAGUUUGGGGACUUUGAGCGUCCUUUCUCUAGUCCAGGUGCUUCAGGAGCUGCACAGACUAAAUCUAAUCAGACCCUGAAACAGGUUCUAGAGCGCUUCUACCCCAAACAUUACAGACACACCUGCACAGAAGAACACAUGAGGCAGUUACUGCUGAGGCUCUCUACCCGCUGGGCAUCUCUAAGAGGUCGGAGUUCAUCAGAAUGUAUACGAAUCUACCUGACCGUAGCGCGGAAGUGGUCCUUUUUUGGAGCCAAACUGUUUGAGGCUGAGCCUGUAACCUCAUCGCCACAGCAGAACACGCGUGUGUGGCUGGCAGUAAAUGAAGAUGGUGUCAGCAUACUGGAGUUCAACUCUGUAAAAGUCCUAGCAUCUCACGCUCAUAAAAACAUUGUGAAAUUUGGGGCGUGUGUACAGAAUUUCAUGCUGGCAGUAGUUCUGGGAUCUGGCACCAAUAUGUCCAAAGAUGAGGCCACUGAGAAGCAUCUCUUUGCCAUGGCCCCCUCUAAGGUUCGAGACCUGACAUUGCUCAUAGCCAGUUACAUUAACAGUGCCCAACAGCAAAAAGCAGCAGCCCACCACCUGUCCGCCCCAGCCCUGCUGCUGGCCCAGUCUGGAGAGCUGACGAGCAAGGAGUCCAGGAGUAAGUCUCCACCAGCAGCCUGCAGACCCAGCAAAGCACCCACCCUCCUGUAAUACAUCUAUUAGUGGACUGUUUGUGUGUUAGCGGCUGGACUACAGAUAUUGAAGGAUUGUGCUGUGGCUUCCUGUUAGGGCCAAGAGUGACAUGGACAGUGGUUCUUAACACAAACAUUGGGAGAAUCUCAAAAAAGCCUGUCCAGGUUACAUUUCACCCCAAAAUCAAAAUCAAAUAUUAUAUUUUGCAUAAACAAAAUGAAGCUUGAUCUUAAAACCUCUAAAGCAGGGGUGCCCAAUACGUCGAUCACGAUCUACCAGUCGAUCGCAAAGGCAAUGCUGGUAGAUCGCACAAAAUGUAAAUGUACUUUCGUUAAAUUUUAAUAAAAAUAAAUAUAAUGUCUUUCCUUCUUUUAGUUUCUGUCUGACUUGCACUUGAUGAGUAAAUAUUGACCAGGCAAGGUUUUGUUUAUUCAGUUGCCAUGACAACUAGGUUUGCUCAUACACACCUUCCAAGGACUUCUGAGAACAGAGCGCAAAAUUGCGAUGCUACUGCCCAGAUUAGGCAAAACUGAAUGGAAUCAGACAGUUUUACCUAAUCCGGGCAGUAGCAUCGCAAAUGACCUGACUAUUGUAAUCUAUUGUACUGUAGUUGUUUUGGGUUUAGUUUUAAAACUGAAUGAUAUCAACAUUGAACAUUAUUAUAUUUUUUUUAUUAAUUAGAAGAUUAAUUCCAUGUAGGGAUACAUGCAGUAGUCCCAACAAGCAUUUUCUUAUUUUAAAUGAAACUGUGUUUUUUUUUUUGUUGGUAGAUCUUAUUGAGUUGGUCAUUUAAAGGGCACCUAUUAUGGCAUUUAAAAUGUUCCUAAUAUUGUUUUGGGAGUCCCCAACAACAGUUUUACAUGCAUGCAAUGACAAAAAACACUUUUGUUGUCUUAUAAUAUGCAUUUAUGUUCACAUGAUUUGCUCACCGACUCCCAAAUGAUUCGUUCAACGACUCAUUUUUCCAAACACCUCCUUUGCGUGACGCUAAUCUGCGGUGAUUGGUCAGAUGACCAAGUCAGUUGUGAUUGGUAUACUCUGUGCAGAGAUUGUCGGAAACGGAACGCCCAUCACCGCUUUGUAGUAAAAAAAUCAAAAUCAGAGAAGGAAUUUGAGUUGAUUUAUGUUAGCAAUCAUAGCCCAAAGUUCGGUGGUAAACACCCAAUCAGUUAUUGUUUGCGUUAGCCCAACGCAUAAACAUAUUGGUAAAGCACUGCAUUACUACAAGUUAUUGCUCUAUUCUUUAUGACAACUCCAAUAACAUCGACAAACAUUUCACAUAUUUCAAAAAAAUUGACAUUGGAGACCUAGAAGCUGCGCUGAGCGUAACUUACACAACACACACAAAUACUUAUUAAGCAUGCUAAAAAACACAUAAAAGCAACAAUUAUUAAUAAUACUUACAGGUUGUGAUUUGGAGGAGGAAGCUGAUCCAAAUAAACUUGGUACUGAACCUUCCUUCAGUAUCAACCGCUCGCUGAAUCCACACUUGAAAGCAUUCAUGUUCGUAAAGCAAUCGUCAUUAAAAUGACGCGAACACAGCACAAGGUUCGGGCUAUACUUGUGUGGUAUAGUUGUAAAUAUAAACUCUAGCCACUGAUUCUUCACAUGCUCGUCCCAGGGCAGUGAAAAAAGGUCGCUUUUGAUAUGCACUUCAGAACACAGCGUCUUGUUGUCGACAUAAUGUUUUCAAGUUUUCCCUGGUGUCUGCGCACGCUUGACGUCACAACGAAAAGGAAAAUGACUCACUGGAAAAACGAUUCAUUAAAUUGACUCAGAGUCGACUCCUACUUUUGAGAGACAAUAACUUUUUUUACGGUGAACUUUCAUAUAUAAAACUUUGCAGGAUGUUUUUGUUCACUUAAAUCUAUGUUACACACUACAUGAAAGGUAAUUUUCAAAAUUGCAUAAUAGGUGCCUUUAAAAGUAGAUCAUCACACAAAAAAGUGUGGGCACCCCUGCUCUAAAGGAUUGUUGAGGGUUCAAUACAAGUUAAGUUCAUAAUUCGACAGCAUUAGUGGUAUUAUGUUGAUUAAUACAAAAAAAUAUUUAUAACAAAAAAAGCAAAAAUCAUGGAGACAGGAAGGAGCUCACAAUGGAAGUGAAUAAGGCCAGUUUCAAAAGUGCAGUCACAAGACAAAAACAUUAUUUGCUGUAACAUUAUUUUUGGGUGAUUUUUAAAUAAAUAAAAAAAUGUAUUCUAUAUUACAACUUUGUUGCCAUGAUGACGCACCACCAGGAGACUGUAAGUGGUUUAAUCACUCUAAAAUCAUGUUAACAUGUACAGUAUAUUGUUUACGUAUUGUGGCUAUACUUUUUUAACAGUGAGUAUUUUAGCGUCCAUGAACUGGCCUCUGCCUUACUGUAACACAGAUUAUUUUACUUUUUAAAUAAUCAUGGAACGAGUCAAAAUAAUUUUCUGUGGUAAUCAACAUUAUGCCAAAAAUGCUGUUGAGCUGAGCUUAACUUGUAUUAAACCCGAACAUUGAUUUGAGUUUUUGCACAUUAUUUUUCUGACAACUAAACCACAAAAUGACUAAUACAUUUUGAAAUCAGUAUAAUUUAAAGGGCAAACAAUAAAUACAUCCAUGAUGUAUAAAUAUUUACAAUUUAAAUAAUAUAUAAUUGUUUUGUUUUUAAAUUUUUCUUUAAUUGUAGUGUUAAUAAUAUCAAAAUGUAAAAGCCAUAAUGGUCAUAAAAUAGACUUAAACAAAACAUAGUUUCUUAUUUCUAUUUUUUGGUUUUAUUAUGAUGUUUUUGACAGCUUUUGUGAGAUUCGCCCAAAUACACUUUGUCAUAUUAAUAUGGUCUGGUAUUAUUUCUAUUUAAAGUUAUUGUUAAAUGUUAUUAGACUGAAAAAAGUUUUGUUUUUCAGGCUCUGUGUAAGAACCUAAGCAAUCUAAUUUCAUGAAAAGACACAAAGACGUUUUUUUUAUUUUUUUUAUCAUCAGUUCUCUUGAUAUACAAACAGCAAAGAUGUGUUUCCAGUAAAUGAAAGUGAACUCUGAUCAGAGAAUGAGCAGUUCCGUAGUUAUUUAACCUCCCACAAAGAAUUCUCCCCACACAUUUUUGAGCAUGUUUAAGCAUGUACAGAGAGAAUGUAAGGAUUGUAAUCUAGGAAGUGCAUUGUAACAACAGAAUGUGUGGGUUUUGUGGGGGGAAAAACGAAAGAGUCUAGUGAUGGUUUUAAGGUUAUUAUACGUUGGCUGGUAGAUUUCAAUGGGAUGAUUAAUACUGGACAGGCCGUAUAACAUUCAUAAAUACAUUUAAAUUAGGGUUAUCGAUUUAACACUUUAAUUCAGUGCAAUUAAGCCUAUGAAAAAGAAUAUGUUAAAACAUGAAUCAUACCCCUGAACUGUACAUUAAUUCUGUAAUAAGAAUGUUUCUACCAUGAAAGCAAUUUAAGCUUGAUGUACCACCUUGAUGUCGCAGCAGGGGGCAGUCAGCGCUACAGCUGUACAAUGAACACGCCUCGUCAAACCAACACGAGCAUCGGGCAGCAUAUCGUCUUUGACUGACACACUUUUACACUUAAAGUCAGAUGGACUGAGCACUACAGAAUGUGUUUUUUUACAUUUCAAACUACAUAUAGCUUGGCAUAUCAUUCUAAAAACAUCGCGAGACGGUGAAAACUAGCGAAGCACGAUGCAACCAAAGUGAAACAUGAGUACAUAGACCAAUAAAAAUAGCGUAAAGGAAAUAGGCCAAUAAAAGGGUUAAGUUUAAUGAAAUGGAAAUAAAACAAACAAUAUAUGAAUAUGAUGUAAUGUAUUUGAAAUAUCUGAAUUAUAAUUAUAAAUAUUCAUUAUGAUUUUAUUAAAAUGUUAUAUUUAUAUUAUUAUAUACUAAAUUAUCUUGAUUUUGGGGGCUUUUCUCAGUAAAUAUUAAUACAUGCAAUUCAUUUUAUGUAAUUUAUUUGAAUAAAAAAUUUACACUUAUUCCACAAUUUCUAUCACAUUAUAGAUAUACUGUAUAUAUUGAUCUUUUAUCGUGAAUACUAAAUAGAUUUGGUUAGCAUGAUUAUGUAUGCUCUGUCCGUAUGCCAUAUCAUAUUUAAACAGUUCAACCUAUCAGUAGGCCAGAAAUCCUGAAAUUGUCUUUGCGCUGGAUGAAGGAUUUUGCUCUUUUUGCAUGAAUAUUGGAUUCGCUUUCACACUGGGUUUCUUGUAAUCAGUAUUUUCUUCACGCAAACUCUUUUUCUAUAUUAUCCAAAUGUCUGUUUUGGCAGGUUUUCUGUAUUUGUUCCAAAGUUUCUUUAAAUUCCCAAUUCACUGAAAUUAAGAACUAGGUAUUUUGCAAAUCCCAUAUCCUCCCACUUGGCAAAGAGUUGUUUUUGUCAUGUUAUGAGUGUUUCAUCUGGUUCUAUUGAGAGAUUGCCUCAAAUCAUUACACAGAAUCAAAGUAUUUAUUUCAAUUACUUUGGUAUGUUUUUCACCAGCCCUGACUCAUUUUAUUAUUACAGCAGGAAUGCAGAGCAAAUGGCCAUGUGAACGUGAUCUCAAUAAAGAAUACAUGAUAUGAGAGAACUAUUUUAAAAUAUAUGGCGUUAUUUCCCUGUCAAAUAUAGUCAUUUUUAUUAUAGCUUCUGUAAAACCCACACUUUAAAGGGAUAGUUCACCAAAAAAUACAAAUGCUGACUACAUGCCGUUCCAAACCCUGUGUGAAGUUUGUUUCUAGUGUGUUACCAUUUACUUCAUUUUUUUCUUCUAUAUGCAUUAACAGUGAAUAGUGACUGCCAAACAUCUCCUUUUAUGUUCCAUGGAAGAAAGUCAUACAGGUUU